AUGUCAGCUUGCGUAGCAACGGGCAACCCUCGCGCAGACUUCCACUCAUCACCGGUUCAGCGGGGACUAAGUGAAGAACACCGGGCCAUCGUGAAGUCUACUGCCCCAGUUUUGGCUGAGCAUGGUGUCGCGAUCACGUCUCACUUUUACAAGCGCAUGCUUAACAAUCACCCUGAGCUCCGUAACAUCUUCAACGCCGCACAUCAAGCCUCCGGAACCCAGCCCGCAGCACUUGCUCAUGCGGUAUGGGCGUACGCUGCUAACAUCGACAACCUCGGAGCCCUGACCAGUGCUGUGUCCCGCAUCGGUCACAAACAUGCCAGUUUAGGGAUCACUCCAGACCAAUACCCCAUCGUUGGCGAGAACCUGCUCGCCGCGAUCAAGGAAGUCCUCGGUGACGCCGUAAAGCAACCCGUCAUUGAUGCCUGGGCCGCGGCAUAUCAACAACUGGCCAACAUCUUUAUCGACUUCGAGGCAACUCUGUACAAGAAAGCUGAAGAGUCUUCCGGCGGGUGGAAUGGGUGGCGGAAAUUCAGAGUCGCCCGCAAGGUCGAGGAGAGCGAUGAGAUCAUAUCGUUCUAUCUCGAGCCGGUCGAUGGAGGGAAGCUCCCCAGCUUUACGUCAGGUCAGUACAUCUCGGUCCGGGUCUUUGUACCGGAGCUCGGGGUAUAUCAACCUCGACAGUAUAGUCUGUCCGACACUCCUGAGAGAAACCACUUUCGGAUAUCCGUCAAGAAAGAAGUCGCGAAGAACCUCGCGCCCGCAGGCCGGAUCUCCAACCUGCUGCACGAGAAGGUCCCCGAAGGCACCGAAAUCGACGUCAGCAACCCGUACGGAGACUUUACUUUGGACGUUGAAUCGAACAAUCCCGUUGUCUUGAUUAGUGGCGGCGUAGGGAUCACCCCAAUGCUAUCAAUGCUCGGCACCCUAACCGAACAUGCGCCAACAAGAAAGGUCGUCUUUGUCCAUGCCACCCGCAGCGGAAAGGUUCACGCAAUGAGACUAUACCUCUCCCAACUUACCAAGGAGAACCCACAAGUAUCGAAGGCGGUAUUCUACGAAGAAGUUGGUGAUUCAGACGAACAGGGAAGAGACUACGAUUACGCAGGUCGUAUUGACGUGGAUAAGAUCAAGGACAAGAUUCUCUUGCCCGACGCCGACUAUUAUCUCUGUGGGCCUGUGCCUUUCAUGCAGACACAACAAAAGUCCCUUGAGGCUCUGGGCGUCCCAUCGGAACGAAUCCAUUCCGAGGUCUUUGGCUCCGGCAUCGCAUAG